UGGUGAAUUUUUAUAAAAUUUAAAUGAGAAACCCUAAUCAUCCUAUUCUUCUCAAAUCCACUCCGGCGCCCACCUCCCUCACCAAAAGCACCACCAUCUCGUCCCUCACGGCGUUGAAGAACUGGUCGUCCUCCAGCAGCAGCCGGUCGUCCUCCAGCAGCAGCAGCGACCUACGGACAGAAGAUCUGGAAAUCGACGGACAGCAGCACAGGUUGUCCUCCAUGUUCUUUUUAAGAUUUUGUGGGUACUGAUUUAGAAUAGAGAAAGAUGAACAAGAAGGAGAUUUUUAAACUUGCAAAAGGGUUUAGAGGAAGAGCAAAGAAUUGCAUCCGAAUUGCAAGGGAGAGAGUCGAGAAAGCCUUGCAAUAUUCCUACAGAGAUCGGCGCAACAAGAAGCGCGAUAUGCGCUCCCUCUGGAUCCAACGCAUCAAUGCUGGCACCCGUCAACAUGGGGUAAACUAUGGUAAUUUCAUGCACGGUUUGAUGAAGGAGAACAUUCAGCUGAACAGGAAAGUAUUGUCGGAGCUGUCUAUGCAUGAACCCUAUAGUUUCAAGGCUCUCGUGGACAUAUCUCGUGAUGCCUUUCCUGGAAACAAAAACUUAGUUCAUGCUCCCAGGAAGGUGGAAACCAUUUCCAUUAAUGUAUGAUUCCAAAUUUUUCCGGUCUAUUUUGCAACAAACAUUUUGAUUAGCCUCUCUUUCAAUUUUUGUAGUUUAGAUUCUCUUUAAAAAGAAGAAUAGACUUGUUGGAUUUGAAUGUUCAUUUGGUUCUUGUAAUUACCUUAUGGAUGUCUUGUCCUACAUUUCAAUGGUGCUUUUGCUCUCU